UCUCGCUGGUGCAUCAGCUGAACAGAAUUUCGAAAGGAAGUUGUCCCAGCCGGAUAGAAGGCGAGAGGGUGGACGUCCUCGGCUUCGGCUCUGGUUGAGUGGCGUGGGGCGAACUCCGCUGGCGGAGGGAAAUCCGGAGUCGGCGAGUUUGGGCGUCAGCCAGCUGGCGAGAGCAUGAGCGAAUGGACGAAGAAAGGCCCCUUAGAAUGGCAAGAUUACAUUUACAAAGAAGUCAGAGUGGUAGCCAGCGAGAAGAACGAGUAUCGAGGAUGGGUUGUGACUACAGACCCAGUGACGGCCAAUAUUGUCUUGGUGAACUUCCUUGAAGACGGCACAAUGUCUGUAACGGGAAUUAUGGGACAUGCGGUGCAGACAGUGGAGACUGUGAGUGAAGGGGACCCGAAGGUGAGGGAGAAGCUGAUGCAUUUGUUCAUGUCUGGAGACUGCCAAGACUACAGCCCCGAGGAGCUGGAGGAGCGCAAGGACAGUCUCAAGAAAUGGCUAGAGAAGAAUCACAUCCCCGUGAGCGAGCAGGGCGAUGGCCGCAGCACUCUCUGUGUGGCUGGCGUCCUGACCAUAGAGCCCCCCUACGGCCCCGAAAACUGCAGCAGCCCUAAUGAGAUCAUCCUGUCCCGGGUCCAGGAUCUUAUUCAAGGACACCUUGCGGCUUCCCAAUGAGAAGUCAAGAACUUUGGAUACACCGAUAGAAAUAAACUUCCUUUUUUUCAAUGAAAAAAA